AUAGUUUCGGCCAUCUGAAAUAUGCUCCUGAAAGCAACCUGAGGUAUAAGCAGCAGCAGCAGCAGCUAACCGGAAAGCAAGCAAUUGUUGCCAUGGAUGACCUGACUGCUGCCCUCUCAUCCAGCUUUGCUGUGUCCAAGGAGCCAAACAGCACAGCUGGCCCUCACCCUCGGCUGGCCCAGUACAAGAGCAAGUACAGCGUGCUGGAGCAGAGUGAGCGACGGCAGCGGUUUCUUGACCUACAGAAAACCAAAAGGUUAAACUAUGUCAACCAUGCUCGGCGCUUGGCUGAUGGGGACUGGACGGGAGCAGACAGCGAUGGAGAGGACCAUGAGGUGGACAGACAAGAGAACGGGGAGGGAAGCACAGAGGACGAGGAGGCCAUGGAGAUAGAGAGGAAGAAGCUGCCCAAACAUUAUGCUAACCAGCUCAUGCUCUCAGAGUGGCUGGUGGACAUCCCAUCAGAUCUGGACUCUGACUGGCUAAUGGUGGUCUGUCCUGUGGGGAAAAGAUCUCUCAUCGUUGCCUCCAAAGGUUCCACUGCAGCGUACACUAAAAGUGGCUAUUGUGUGAACCGCUUCCCCUCUCUGCUGCCUGGUGGGAACAGACACAACUCGGCCAUGGGAAAAGACUACACAAUCUUGGACUGCAUUUACAGUGAGGUGGACAGAACGUUCUACAUCCUGGAUGUCAUGUGUUGGAGAGGUCACCCAGUCUACGACUGCCCAACCGAGUUCCGCUUCUACUGGCUGCAGUCGAAGGUCGAGGAGACGGAUGGCUUAUCGGAGAUCGCCAAACGCAACCCGUUUCGGUUUUUGAGCCUUCAAAGCACCGGCUGCACAGCAGAAGCCAUUCAGAAAGCCCUGGGAGCCGAGUAUAGCUUCAGUGUGGACGGACUUCUCUUCUAUCACCGGCAGACCCACUACACCCCGGGAAGCACCCCCCUGGUUGGUUGGCUGCGCCCUUACAUGGUCACUGACAUACUGGGGAUGGAGGUUCCUGUAGGACCCCUCACCACCAAGCCAGGGUACGCCAGCCAGCAGCUGGAGCAGAUCCUGAAGCAGAAAAAAGUCUCCAGUGAAGUGCGGCCUGCCAACAAAAGCGGUGGCUACGAGUUAGAGCACCUGUCCACUCCAAGUCAGGACAAUAAGGACACCUUGAACUUCUUGAAUCAGAAGCCAAUAAAGGAGACAACUAUGGAAAUCUGAGUUAAGAUGGAUUUCAAUUGUUAAAUGAGGGACCCUACAUGUUGGCAGCAAAUGGGAAGCUCUUAAGAAUGUCUCUUCAAAGACUAACUAUUGAUUUUAAUUAAUGCUCUGGAUCCCUUCAAAGUGCAGAUUAGUAGAGCCAUGCUGACAUGUACACCUUUUACCUCCAGAAGUUGAGUUAAAAUAUGCAGAACUUCAAACUUGUGGUCAAGAAAUUUCCUUCUGCAUUUUCAUCGCAGUUGAAUCGGGCAUCAAACUUUUCGUUACCAAAUGUGGGUUUGAGGGUUUCAAGCAACUGUUAAUCAACAGCAUAACAGGCAGUUUUAGCAGGUCAUUAGUUAAUCGUCAGUAAAUCAACAGUUGCUUGCUGUUGCUGUUCUUAAAGGUUCAGUGUCAGAGACUCAGUUGCUGAUUAUAGUCUGUUUUGAUGGUCUUUUAUGGUUCACUGUUGAAUUGAAAUGUUUUAAAUUUCACAUAUGCAAAUAAAUUCCUUUUUAUUGACUUUCACCAUUUUUCCAACAUCUUUUUUCUUUUAUUU